GGAGAUAAAUCGUAAAUUCGUCUGAUAAGGGUUGUUCUAUUUUCCCCUAUAGAGCAAACUAGAGAGAAGAACAUCACAAAACUUGUAAAAAUUGGCGGGUAAACAAAAAUGCUGCUGCUAAGAAGUCGUCACUUCCUCCCUCAAAUAUCAUCCUCUCUACUGCUACCCACCAUUUCCCAUUCCCCAAAACCAUUCAAUCUCUCCCUUUCCUUUCCUCUGCAAACAUCAUUCUCUAUCUCCUCCACCAACCUCCAUCGACAUGCGUUCUCCAGCUCUGCGGCUCCUCCGCCGCCUUCUGACACCGCCAAGUUCGCCAGCACCGUGCUCUUUGUCCCGCCGGGUGUCGAACCGAAUGAAGUUACUGAAGAUAUGAUCCUACCCGGGUCCAACAUUGUGAUUGGGCCUUAUGCGGGUCAUUCCCAGAUUAAGGAAGUUACAUUUGUGAAGAGUAGUAACCGGUCUAAAGAUUGCCCGAAUGAUGGCUUGCCUGAAUUUGCUGUUCUGGGUCGUUCUAAUGUUGGGAAAUCUUCUCUUAUAAAUACUCUUGUUAAGAAGAAAGAGGUUGCUUUGACUUCUAAGAAGCCAGGGAAGACUCAGCUUAUUAACCAUUUCCUGAUUAACAAGAGUUGGUAUAUUGUUGAUUUGCCUGGAUAUGGAUUUGCCAAAGCCUCGGACUCUGCUCGAACGGAUUGGUCUACAUUCACUAAAGGAUACUUCUUGAACAGAGAUGCGCUUGUUACCGUGCUACUCCUAGUUGAUGCAAGUGUUCCCCCACAAAAGAUAGAUGUUGAUUGUGCUAAUUGGCUCGGACGCAACAAUAUACCCAUCACCUUUGUGUUCACCAAGUGUGAUAAGAUGAAAGGUGGAAAAGGUGCACAGCCUGAGGAAAACAUCAGAAGUUUCCACGAGCUUAUCAGGCAGAACUACAAGCAACAUCCCCCAUGGAUCAUGACUAGCAGUGUCACUGCUUUAGGCAGGGAUCAACUUCUUCUCCAUAUGUCACAGCUUAGAAACUAUUGGGAUAAUUAGGAACUACCAACUAUAUUACAAGUUUUCUAUGUUUGCAAAGUAAUCAGUUUGUUAGAUACUACAGUAUGACAUUCCAGGUUUCACAAAAGUAAAUCAACAUAUUGUAUGUUUGUAACUCUCUCCUUACCUUUAUGAGAUUCAAAUUUUGUCAAA